CAACGCUGCUCAACUUGAGUUUGUUAUGAAAGCUAUUUUGUAACAGGGUAAACCGGGGUGAUAUUUGUUUGUCCACACUCAACCUGGAAAACAACGGGGAGCACUUGACCAGGUUCACAGGCGCACAUUCAGCUCCAUAAAUGUUUCCAGCCUGUAGAUAUUCCCUUCAAGCACGGAGGUGUAUACGUGCACUGAAGGUGGUUCAAGCGGAGCAUGUCGCUCCUCAGGUGUACUCCACACGGUGUUCCUCCUCCACUGUGCCACGCAUUACCACUCAUUACACAGUGUACCCCAGAGAUAAGGACCCACGAUGGGAAGGAGUGGAAAUGGAACGCUUCGCUGAUGAGGCAGACGUUGUCAUUGUUGGUGGCGGACCAGCCGGCCUGUCAGCAGCCAUCCGGCUGAAGCAGCUGGCCAAUCAGCAUGAGAAGGAGCUGCGGGUUUGUGUCGUGGAGAAGGCAUCUCAGAUCGGAGCUCACACGUUAUCUGGAGCCUGUCUAGAGGCUACUGCUCUCAAUGAGCUUAUUCCAGACUGGAAGGAGAGAGGGGCUCCACUGAACACUCCAGUUACAGAGGACAAGUUUAGGGUAAAAACCGAAACCGGCUUCAUGCAACAGGCUUCAGGACUGCUGUUUCAUGUAGUGCUGUUUCAUGAGGAUGGAAGUGUGAAGGGAAUUGCAACCAAUGAUCUUUGGGUUAUUGAUGAGAAGAAGUGGCGCCCAGGACGGGCAGAGCACUCGGUUGGCUGGCCUCUGAACAGGAACACAUACGGAGGCUCUUUCCUGUACCACCUCAAUGAGGGAGAACCACUGGUGGCCCUGGGAUUUGUUGUUGGUUUGGACUAUACUAAUCCUUACCUGAGCCCGUUCAGGGAAUUCCAGCGUUGGAAACAUCACCCCUCUCUAAUGACUACCCUGGAGGGUGGCAACAGGAUAGCAUAUGGAGCCAGAGCCCUCAACGAAGGAGGUUUCCAGUCGAUUCCUAAACUGACGUUCCCAGGCGGCAUGCUGAUAGGGUGUAGUCCGGGCUUCAUGAACGUGCCCAAGAUCAAAGGCACACACACAGCCAUGAAGAGUGGCAUGUUGGCAGCCGAGACUGCCUUCAACAGAAUCACAGAUGAGAAUCUGCAGUCAGAAACAGCAGGUCUCUAUAUUCCUGAAUAUGAGGAAGCUUUGGAAAAGUCCUGGAUCUGCAAGGAGUUGUAUGCUGUGAGGAACAUCAGACCAUCUUUCCAUAACUACUUUGGGCUCUACGGAGGGAUGUUGUACACUGGAAUAUUCUACUGGGUUUUGAGAGGAAAAGAACCAUGGACUCUGAAACAUAAUGGUCUAGACUCUGCUCAGCUGAAGCCAGCUAAGGACUGUGCACCCAUCGAGUAUCCGAAGCCUGAUGGGAAGAUCAGCUUUGAUCUGUUGUCAUCUGUAGCCUUGAGCGGGACCAAUCAUGAGCAUGACCAGCCGCCCCAUCUGACGCUGAAAGAUGACCGUGUUCCUGUGGCCCAAAACCUUGCGGUUUAUGACGGCCCAGAGCAGAGGUUCUGUCCUGCUGGUGUAUACGAGUAUGUUCCUCUAGAGACAGGCGAUGGCAUGAGAUUACAGAUCAACGCACAGAACUGUGUCCACUGUAAGACCUGUGAUAUCAAAGACCCCAGCCAGAACAUCAACUGGGUUGUACCUGAGGGCAGUGGUGGACCAGCUUACAACGGCAUGUGAUUUCAGUAUUAUGUAUCGUUUUUAUUAUUGGGGUACAUCGCACAAGUUCAAAAUCACAUUACUCAACUUUCAGGGCUAAAGCUUUUAAAGACUUAAGAGCCCUUCUGAUGUGCCUAAGGAACAGAAUGUCAUCAUAUUCUGUCUGAUAUGAGCUUUAAAUGUAAUUACAUAAAGUGGUGUUGCAAAUUUCAGUUUUGAUGAAAACUUGAUAAAACAUUUUUAUAUAUCACGUCUAAGGAAUGUGUCAUAAAAGAAGAAAAAUUAUCAUGUUGGAUUAACAACUAGUGGACGGUUUUAGCUCACCAUGAUGCAGUUAACUGUAAACUGACAGUUUUGUAUAUAUUGUCAAAUUUGGUAACUGUAACAGGUAGAAAUAAAUGAAUUAUUCCAAUCUGUUGGUAUGUUUUCUAGAACUACAAACCCAAAAGUCCCUGAAAAUAUCCAUUGUUUUAUUUGACGCAAAUUACAUGACCGAUUCUCAUUUCACAAAGAAAAAGUUUUGCUUUUUUUCAUCACCGAUUGAUAGAAUGAGCAGCAGUUAAAACAAAUGAACCCAGAAACAAAAACAUUAUAACUGUCUUUAAAGUCAGUCUAUUUUCUUAAACAGUAAUCAAUACAAGACAUCUUUAGAUCAGCUCACUAAAAAUGCAUUGAAACUGUCCCUUCACUGACAGACAAAUUGUUUCCUAAUACAGCAGACGAUAUGACUUUCUUUCCAAACUGCACAUGGCAUAUAUCCUAAAUUAGAGACUCCAAAGCCUUUUUACCCAGCUUUAGAUUUAAACACUAAGACACAAGUGCAAAGUAAACAUAUGCAGGUAGGUCGGUGUGGAGUGAGGUCACUGCAGUUUCCGUUACGCAAACAUUUUGGCGUAAAUCUUCUUUUCUUUCUCUUUCUCUUCCUUCACUUGCUGCUUCACUUUCAGCAUUUCGUUUCCA